GAUACAUCGCCAAUAAUCGGAGACUUGACAAUUGGCAAUCUCUCGUCACGUCACGUCUAGUCUCCUCUCACUGCGUCCCGCGUGUGGCGUGGUCAUGGGGCAGCAGCAGUCGGCCAACGAGAAGCAGAGGGCGGCGACUGCCGAAGGCGCGAGUGGAAGCAGCAGCAGCGACGGUAACAGCGAUAGCGGCAGCGGCGGCAGCGGGAGCAACGGAUCACGCAGCCGCACCGGGAGUCGUCGCCGUCUCUCCUUCCAGGAAGCUGCGCGUCGAGCGGCCCAUCAGCAUCGGCGUCGUAGUUGCAGCAGCGGUCGGCCCGGGGAGCCGUCGCUUGCGUCGCACGCAGUCAAGUCCGGCGCGCCAGAUGGCGCGCCCACGGCAGACCUAACCCUGUGGAGCCAUCGUGUGUGCGCCGUCAGUGGCGGCGACGCCGCUACUGCUGCCCUGGCGUCCGUCGAGGAUCCGACGACUGCCGGCAGCAGCGCCAGGAACAACGCCCCUUCUCAAUCCGCACCACACUUAUCCGUUACAAGCCUCUCCGCUUCUGAAGCUCAAGCCGCGUCCUUUCCGCCCCCACGUCACCUCUCCGCCCCUCCCGCCGCCGCGUGUCCGCUGGCCGCGCUGCCCGCCGACCUGCUCCUGCACUGCCUCAUUCGCCUGCCGCGCGCCGAUUGGCCGCGCCUUCGCGCCGUCUGUCGCACGUGGCGCCGCCUCGUUGCCUGCCCCGACUUCCUUCGCCUGCGUCGCGCGGACGGCCGCGGCGAGUCGUGGCUCUUCGCCGUCGAGUGGAUGUUCAAAGGCGGCUGCAGCGGCGACGGUGGCGGCACCCGCAGCUGUAGCCGGCAAGCGCCUGGCAGUGGCGCGGGGGUAUGGGGCGGGGGCGGGCGUAGAGGGGGCGGAAGCAGGGCGAGGGGGGUGGGGGGUAUCAGCGUGGAUUUGGGGGACGGCGGUAGCCGAGAUUGGGGGGCAGGGGGGAUAGGAGAAGGCGCUUUUGCGGGCAGAGAGCAGCCGGAGGACGAGGAGGCGGGGGAGGCAAGACGCGGGGAUGAAGAGGGGGUGCGGCGUGCAGGCAGUAGUAUGGAAGGGGACUGGCAUGGGAGUUCCCAGGCGGCGGAAGGCGAGGUCCCACCCGCCACAACCAACGUCAGGGGCUGGGGCAGAGGCCACGUGCUGCUGCAGCAGCAGCUGAACCGCUCAGCUGUGAGCAACAGCCAGCGUGCCCGCUCCGCCUCCCUCUCUCCCGCCACCGCAACCCCCACGUCCGCGUCCUCGCCGUCCCUGGCGCUGCUGUGGGCGUACGACCCGGUGAAGCAGCAGUGGUACAGCCACGGGUGCCUGCCGCCCAUGCGCGGCAUCGGCCACUCGUCCUCGCUGCUCGCGCUGGGCCCCUGCCUCAUCCUCCUCGGUGGCUCCUGCAGCGGCGCCUGCUGUGCGCCGGGAGGAGGCGCCUGCGGCCCAUCAAGAGCAGUGUGGCGUUACAACGUUGUAACCGGCAAGGCUCGGCGGCUAGCAGAUAUGGCAUGGCCUCGCUUCAACUGUGCUGCUGCUGUGCUGCCCUCCUCUGGCCGCAUCAUCGUGGCCGGCGGCACUGGCCCCGUCACCACCACCGCCGCUGCUGGUGCUGCCGAUGGCGCAUCUGCUGCACACCCAGGCCCUACUGUGGGCGGCAGCAGCAGCAGUGGCAGCAGGGCGGAGUGGGUGGGGGUUGACGAGGCGCUGCAGGCAGCAGAGCUGUACGACCCCACCACCAACCGCUGGCUGCCGCUGCCCCCCCUGCACCACCCAACGCGCUGCUCCCAGGGUCUCGUGCUCGCCGACGGAAGCUUCUGGGUGGUUUCGACUUCGUCCCUGUACGCCACGCGCAGCCUGUCAGCUGAAGUGCUGGACGCGCCCGCGCUGGCUGCUGCUGUGGCCACUGCCCUGGGGGGGGCAGAGGGGGGCAGGAGGGCCAGCAAGGAAGGGUGGGGAGGAAGGAGGGCGAGCUAUGGGGCAGGGGACACACGCGAGGCCAGAGCGAGUGUUGAGAAUGAGAGAGAAACGCACUUGUCUGCUGGCACGCCCUACCCUGCGUGGCGUGUGGUCCCGUGCAUGCUGCCACGCAGCUUGGGAGGGCUGGUGUCCACGCGUCUCACGACAGCCGACGGCUGCCUCCUGCUCACCAACCACGUAGCGCCCAUGUGCCACCAGGUUUUUGAGUACCUGCCACACUCCAACUCCUGGCGCGAUGCCGGGAAGCUUCCGGUGUGCGGCUUCCGAGGGUUUGGGGUGGUGGGGCUGAAUGGGCAGCUGCUGGUGGAAGGGGGCGUGGAGGCAGCAGGGAUUGGAGCAGGGGUGGGGUUUGACCCGGGUAGGUUCCUGCAACGCACACCGUAUGUGAAUGCAUUCCAGCCUAGGACGUGGGGGGUGAACGAAGGGGGAGAGGCGGGGCAUGGGGGAGGAAGAGAAGGGGGAGAUUGUGCCGCAAGGAGUCAAGCGCAUGGAAGAAGGCAUGAGGUUAGGCAAGGAGGGGCUGGCGAGGUGCAAGGAGGCAUGGAUGGUCGUAGCGACCUGGAGGUGGGGUUUGCAGGGAGGGGCGUGGCUGAGAACGGGCCGGGCAGGCAGAGUUCCAGCGACUGGAUGGAAGGGGACGUUGGCGGGGCAGGGGGACAUGCAUGGAGAAAUGACGCAGGUGGGGCAGCUGUGCAGCAGGGGCAAGCAGGUAGGGGAGAGAAUGGACACAGCAACAUCCAAGCACCCAGCUCCUCUGUUGCGCAUGAUCAAGAGCAUGGACUGGGACCUGCGAGCGGGCAUAGAGGCCAUACAGGCAUGCGAGGCAGUAAAAUUCUGUUGCAGGAGGCAAUCUGGAGGCCAGUGCGGCCAUUCGGCAACGUUGGUGUCCCACGAGUGUGCCAAUGGUGCAUAGUGUCCACACUCUAGUCCAAUGUUUGCUUGUACUGCAAUCCACUGGGAUAGAAGCGCAUCUGGGAGAUAGGUGCACUGCGCAAGUGUGCCUACAUCCAUUGUUUCAGUACUGUAAGAAUUUGUUAGGUGUUGCAGGAGUCCAAGUAUAGAAUCUGCAGAUACGAACACUUGGAAAACCUCAAGUGUUAGUCCAGGAUCUUUACUGGAAUGGUAGACUAGUAAGACAGCGGAAGUCUUGUAAAACUGAAUCUGAGUAUAGCUCUUUUAAAAGUCAUAACAA